CUUCUACAAUCUGGACAGCACCGACCAUGACACUAUCAACAAAUACCUGUCCACACUGGUCAGCAAAGCGCUGAUGGAGCUGGAGCAUUCUUACUGUCUGGAGAUUGGCGAGGACAAUCGCAGCAUCAACCCGCUGACCCUUGGCCGAAUCUCCUCCUAUUACUACCUGAAGCACAACACAGUACGCCUGUUCAGUGAUCUCAUGAAGUCAGAAUGUACCAUUCCAGAACUCAUCGAUGUGAUGUCUCAUGCGGCAGAAUAUGCAGAGUUGCCAGUAAGACAUAAUGAAGACCAGAUAAACAGUGAUCUAGCCAGUCAGUUACCUCUGGAGGUCAACCAGUCUGCCUUGGAUUCGGCCCACACCAAGACCAAUAUUUUGCUGCAGGCGUACUUCUGUCGUCUGCCUCUGCCUUCAUCAGACUACCACACAGACACCAAGUCUGUUUUGGAUCAGGCUAUUCGAAUCUUACAGGCAAUGCUGGAUGUAUCUGCAGACCAGGGCUGGCUGGUAACAUCCCUCAAUGUGAUUGUCCUCAUCCAGAUGGUAGUGCAGGGGCAGUGGUGGUACGACUCCAGUCUGCUGCAGCUACCUCAUGUACAGCCUUACCACACCUACUUUUUCAGAAUACAAGAGAAAGGUUCUAGAAACAAAGACGGGAGUCGUACCAUAGAAGCAUUGCCAGAGCUGAUGGCCUCUUGUGAUGGGAAGUUUGAUGUGUUCUCAGCCAUGCUGGAUUCAGAGAUGAGUCCACAAAACAUUGACCAGGCAUUCAGGGUGCUGACUCAGAUGCCACAGAUUGAGGUGGACAUUCAAGUAAGAGGCUGGCUGAAGGGGUUUUCACAGAGUAUCUCCAGGCCUGUUAACAUCAGACAUAGAGGUGGUUUGAGAUCAGAUGCAGACUGGUUACCUGUCCAUGCAGAUCAGGAAUAUGUUCUCAGUAUAUCUUUUAGACGCCUUAAUAAAGCAAAG